GAAGAAGGAGGAGCAGGCGAGCAGCACUCGACAAGCGAGCUGUUCUCGAGCGCCAACGUGGUGGCAGAGACGGCUCAGGCAAACAUCAGUGGGGAGGCAGAGAAGGUGGACAAGGCAAAAGCUGCCAAUGCGGCCGGAGACCUUCUUGACGCCGCUGGCCAGUAUGGCAAGCAUGAUGAUCAGAUUAUCACUAUUUUAGCUUCAGAUUGGCAAGGCAUGCAGAGAGAAAUGGAGAACAAUGACUUAUGAGUUUAGGUUUAAUGUAGCCUCUCCUUUUCUGAUUUUGCCUGUAUUGCAUUGUUAUGGCUGUGAUCAAAGUGCUAGUCACAUUAGAAAUGGUUUAUACGCUCCUAACAGAGCUCUUCGUCUUCGUUAAACUGGGCAAGAACAUUUAUUUAUAUUUUAAUUAGACCCUGUGACACACAAUUUGUGCCUUUGAGGAGACACUCCUUUUUGUGUUAAAAUGACAUCAGCUGGCGUUCAUUUCAAAUCUUUUGACUAAUUUCUGAAGUUUGUUUCUUAUUUAGUUACUCGUUCGAUUAGGUCUGAGCAAAAAGAACUAUGGUUUUGGUUGAAUACUAUGAUAUAGCAACAGAAAAACCUGCAGAAUUUGAUAUGGCAAUGGCAGAAUACUAUAAGAAAAUGGCAAACAAUCAAUCAUAUUCAUGGUAUUGAAUUGACUCUUGUUUACCAUGAAAACGGUUUUUUCCUGUUGAUGAUUGGAAGGAAAACAGUGAAUUUGAAGAAACUGAUGAAGAAUCAGAUCUUGAUGAAUAAGGCCCAUGUAAUUAUUAGUUACCUAGAUAGAAGGUUUGGACUUUGGACCUGUUUGAAUUGAAGCUGCUUGGUCUGAAAUUUGUAUAUAUCUAGUUUGUAGUCAUCUCUGCUUUGUCGUUGUGAAUAAUUCUCGUUCUCUAUCAACUUUUGGUGUAAAGUACUUCUGUUAAUUCUAUUUGGAUGCUUAGAAUAAUAGAAUUGCAGAUUUUUGGGCAUACAUUGAGAUGUAGAUUAUUGAGUACAAUGCUUAGAGAAUGUGCCCUUGUAACAUUAUUUCUCUCACGUGCCUCGUGAUUAUUAUUAAGUCCAGCUUUUUGCUUCAGUGGAAAA